AUGCCUAAGGACAAAAGGAGACAAGGAUAUCGAAAGAAACUGCGCUACAAUAACAACCGACUUGUACGUAAAAUGGCGUUGAAGCAAACCGGCUCUCAACUAGCCGACAACAAUGCAUAUGACCCUCAGAACCCCCAAAUUAUGACAGCUACUCAAAAUUCAAUCGAUAUUGGCAACGGUAAUGGUGAUGGCGAUAAAACGAUUAACCCAAUUACAUUCCUUAAUACCUUGCAUCACAAGUUAAAGACACCGAACCCACCAAUUUAUGAUUGCACUCCUGAUCCCCAGGGCGGUGGUUUCUAUUGCACAUUGACGUUCUUUGAUCAAACAUUUAAGUCAACAGUUCCUAAGCCAAAGAAACAACUGGCCAAAGAAGCUGUCGCAACAAUUGCCAUGGAGAGUUUCGAGAAGCAAAUGUCCAAAACUUUUCAGCAAGUCCGUCAGACUUUGCUUUCAGCUAAUUCGGCUCCUAAAAAACAGUCAAAAUUGUCGAAAGGAAGUCGGCAAUUCAAUAGAAUGCUGCAUUCAACUGAUACGGUAACUCAGUCUGCUCAGUGGCUAAGAAAAUUUUUGGACACACAUGUAGAAAAAAGACCAUGUGUUAUGCUUCUGGAAUUUUGCCAGUUUCAUCAACUUGGUCAUCCUGUUUACCCUACUAGAACAGACAUGAAAGGAUUUGUUUAUAUGGAUUGCGUUGUUGCCAAACGGUUAUUUACUCCAGAGAUUGCCUUUUUUAAUAAAAAAGAGGCAAAGGAUUAUAUUUCCGAUAAAGCUUUCAACAUUCUUUACCAAGAAUUUUGCGAACAAGAACAACGUCAAACAGAGGAAAGAAUGAGAUCUGAAAGAAGUAAAAUUGAUUUCCCUUCUGGUGAUACUCAAUCAAGCACCGUAACAUUUGUUCCACAAGUAUUCACUUCGGACAACAAUGAAAAAAGCACGUUUCUCACGACUCCCCCGGCCACUACAAAUGCUGUCAGUAUCGGUUCGUACAAUACCACAACUAAUAUUCCACCACUUCCUCCCGUUAGUUCCCAAGGGAUGAGCAGUAAUUAUGAUUACACAAAUAACGGUGUAUCAACAUUUUCGACUCUUGAUUCUCGAGGAAGUGGUAAUAAAUGUGGUUCUUCUACCGAAACUUACAGAGAAACUCAACCGAGUUUUGUUUGGUCGAAUGCCAGUGAGUUAGGACCUCCGCCAACGAGUGCAUUACUUGAAAAUGCUCUACACCAAACUGCUCAUGCUUCUUUUCGGCCACCAAGCGUAACAUCGUCAUCACAAGUGGUAUUUCCAACCCUUGGUUUUAAUUCUUACCAGCCUCCACAACAGCCCCAGAUUCCUCCAGUACGCUUUCAACCUCCUCAACAGCCUCUAUUGCCUUCGGUACCUUACCAACCUCUACAACAGCCUCAGAUGCUUUCGGCGCCCUACCAACAUUCACAGCUUCCUAUGCCCACAGCACCCUAUCAGCCUCCUCAGCCAUCUCCAUUUUCUCAACGUCCUCGUAAAUUAAAAAAUAAAAGAAAUCUAUUACACAAGGGGGCAUUUAUUUAUAAGCGAUACAUUAGUUUGCUAUUCGAAUUCGCGCAAGCUCAACAUUGGGCGAAUCCGGAAUUCGAAUUUCAAAAUAUGUUUGGCGAAUUCAAGGGAAUGGUAACUAUUAAUGGCCGCACUUUUGUUGGAACAAAAUUGUGCAAAAAGAAAAGUGAGGCUAAAGAAGAUGUUGCCGAAGUUGCUUACAAAUUCUAUGUGGAUAAUCCCAUUUAUAUGUAA